AUGUGUGGAUAUGCGACAAAUCAUAUUAAUCCGUGCAAUGGGCAGAAAACUACUACAGUCAAGGGAUCAAAUAUGCAUUUAUUUAUUGAAAUAUUGAAUUGGCAAGGAGAAAAUGUUAAUGAAUAUAGUACAGAGGCUCUUCCUCAACUAGAAAUUCAACUGAAAAAUAUUCCUGAGGUUCUACAAUAUUCGGGAAAAAGUUUUGAACUGAGAGGAGUCUGCAGCUAUCGUCGAGGACUCAGUCGACUUAGAUCAUCAAUAGGUCACUAUUUUGCGUUGUGUAAACGUGGACCCCACAACUGGGAAAUCUACGACGAUCUACUAAAAAAACCAAAGUCAGUUAAAGAAACAACCAAAGUUAAUUGUGAAAUUCUAAUUUACACAAUAUAA